AUGGAGAAGGAUAUAACGCCAAAGGAAUUGGAAGACCAACAGAACGAACUCUGCGACGUCGGAGUGGUGGCGCUGAUUGUAACACUGGUGAACAUCAAUUCCGAUGCACUCGUCUUCCUGGAGUGUAUACGCCUGGGCAUCGCGGUGCUUGAGAACGGCAAUGAGAAGUUACAACAGGCUUUCUUGGAAGAAUUCAAUACAGAACGCGGAGAGACCUUCUUAGGCGCACUACAUGCGCACAUCCAGCAGAGCCUGGAGGAUCUCAAGGCAGGAUAUGCGGAGACUACUUUGACCGGCAGCGCUCACAGCAAACUCACCAACCACGCGACCAUCCAAGCAAUUCUCAGAUUCCUCAUGAAGAUCCAAGCCAUUCACAGGUUUCUACAGCUGUUAUGUGAGAACCACAACAUACGACUGCAGGAGUACAUUCACAAGCAGAGCAUUGGCCCAAUGGGGUCGUCAGGCAAUCUCGUCAACGACGUCCUGAUUAUUCUGCUGUUUGAUUUGGUGUUCCGUGAAGACACACUCAAGAACGUCAUUCGCUCUGUGACGCGUAACGGAGUGUCCAUUCUGCUGACGGCUCUGCUGGGCCUAAUAGUCAUCUACCUGUUCUCCAUUGUGGGCUACGUCUACUUACGAGACGACUUUACUAUCCAAACGGCCAAUGGAGAAGAAGAGUGGUGUGAUUCACUACUGAUGUGUAUAGUGACCACUAUGAACAACGGUUUAAGAAACGGGGGAGGCAUUGGGGACGUACUGCGAGUGCGAUCGAAGGACGAACCACUGUACGGUGGGCGUGUGGUGUAUGACCUCAUGUUUUACUUUAUUGUCAUCAUCAUCAUCAUGAAUCUGAUCUUUGGUGUUAUCAUCGACACGUUUGCGGAUCUGCGUGCGGAGAAGAAUGAUACGGAGGACAACAUGAAGAACACGUGCUAUGUGUGUGGGCUCUCCCGCACGGCCUUUGACAGCAGCAGCCGCGCCGCCACCUUUGAACAACACACACUAACCGAACACAACGUCUGGGACUAUGUGUAUUUCAUGACCCAUCUGCGGAUCAAGGACAGUACCGAGUUUACAGGCCCUGAGUCCUAUGUCAAGCGAAUGCUGGACGAGCGAGACAACUCGUGGUUCCCGCGUAUGCAGGCUAUCUCUCUGUUGCAACGUGACAAACACGAAGAUCAAGCAGACAUUCGGACACUUAAGGGCGAAUUGCAUACGACAAAUAAUAAGUUGGAUGAUUUGACCAAUGAACUGGUGUCUGUGCAACGGACAAUCAAAUCGCAGCACACGAGUAUGGCCCGUGAAGCACAACGCCGUGAUGCCAACAACCGAAUUGCAACUCGGCGCACUACCAAUUCCUACUACCAAUAGAAAUUCGGGAUUGAACACGCUAAAUAUAGACGUUUUAAAAGCUAUAAUAGUUUGAUUACAAAAGUCAUGACUGUCGGCUAUUGAAUACUCUGAAUCAUGCUUGUGACGGCUGUAUCCGUUGCGAGUAGGGCUGGGGGUAGAGGCCGAGUGUGGUCGUCUGCGGAGUUGUAUAUAAAUCUAGUAUUAAAUAAACGAACCUAAAAUGUGACCACGUUCAGUAAAGAAUGUUG